AUGGAGAGGUACCAGGUCAGAGCCCGGGAUCCCGGGAGGCCCAGUGGAGAGGGGCGGUGGAAGGAAGGGCUCCAGGCUCCAGCAGCAGAGCCGAGACACCCAGGAAACCCAUGGGGAAGCGGGUGGGAGGGGGCCCCGGCACCAGAAGGGUGGCAGAGGAUGGGGUCUGGGAGAAAGGGGGGAGGUAUGGGAGCUCCGGAGUGCCUGGAUGGGAGGUUGGGGGCCCUGGGGUCUCAGAUGCCUGGCUCCCCCCAGGAGCUAACAGUGCUGCUGCUGCUUCUGCUGCUGGAGGGGGGCUCCUGUGGAGCCAGCUCCCUCCGCCCCCUGUGCAGACCAACUAACGCCACCCUGGCUGCGGAGAGCGAUGCCUGCCCAGUGUGUGUGACUUUCACCACCACCAUCUGUGCUGGCUACUGCCCCAGCAUGGUGCGGGUGCUGCCAGCCGCAUUGCCUCCUGGCCCUCAGCUGGUCUGCACAUACAGGGAGCUGACCUUCUCCUCCAUCCGGCUGCCUGGAUGCCCACCUGGUGUGGACCCCAUCUUCUCCUUCCCUGUGGCCCUCAGCUGUGCUUGUGGAUCCUGCCGCCUGAGCCACUCGGACUGCGGGGGGCCCCGGGCCCGACCCCACCUGUGCACCCGGCCCCACCUCAGCCUCCGCCUCCUCUAGAGCCCAGGCCCAGCCUCCCCCCCUUCCUUUCCCACAUGCCUCUUUUCCACCCUCUUGCUCCCUCUAAUCCCCAAUAAAGGUUUUUCAUCUGG